CUUGUUUGGAGGUGCUCUAUAUGUAAAUAUCAAUUAAUCGAUUUCGGCGGUCCGAAGACUAUAUUUAUUGUCUCAUCGGACAAAUUGGUUCCGUGGCGGAAUAGAGAUCACGAGAUAAAAAGCCAACGGAGUGAACCCAAGGGACUGACUGAUCCUUCGAAACCUCAGUUCAUCCUAUCCCAUGUAUAACAGCCCACUCUUUCAGCGCGUUGGGUACUAUUUUACGCCUCUACCUCUGAGCCUAGUGAUGGAUGAACUAGACUCCUCAAUCAGGUAACCAGUCUCAAUAUUCCCAAAUCGUGCAGAGUAAUGAUUGCAUUAGGUCUCUCAUGAAAGAUCAAGGAUAGUCACUCAAUGUUGAGGUCAUACGCCUUAAUGAAUUUGUUAUCAAAAUACCGAACUAGUGGAAAACAUUGCCUAUUAGUUCAUAGACGUGCAUCAUGGUUGUAGAAUACUUGACAGUCCGGAACCUUACAUCAACCCCGCUUUUAUUGAAGCACGUUGAGCGGUUCCUGGCCCCGGACGUCCCAAAGCGCGAUAUCAAGAAGGUGGCCGAAGCACUACUGAAGAACAAUGUGACCAGAUCUACAUCAGUCGUGGACACUUCGACGCAGAAUCCCAAAAUUCUUGCUAAUCAUGAUGUGUCAAUUCGGAUUGAACCAUUUACCUCGGUGGUUACGGAUAUCCGGGCUUUUGACAAGUCAGAUAGAGAACGUAUGCGUCUGAUAUUUGAAGUAGAAGGCGAGAGACACCAAAUUGAAACCCCUGUAUCUACCAAGGAGUCCGCCACAUCUAAACCGCUGGCUGCUAAUCCCCGUUUCCAAUUUACCGGAAUCUAUAUUAUCCCGGAAUCCCACCUUGCUGUAUACUCCUCUGCCAACCUCAAUGCUUGGAUGCGCGAGCUCAAUGACGGAACCUAUCUUUCUGCCCUUUCCAUUCCCGGUACGCACAACUCCCCAACAUGCCAUCUAGCUCCUCCCUCAGUUCGCUGUCAGGCUGUUGGGCCCCGAGAACAACUGGAAAACGGCGUUCGAUUUUUCGAUGUCCGGGUGCAGCCCCAAUUUCCCGACGAUCCAAGCAAGGACAAUCUGGUGCUUGUCCACGGGGCAUUCCCGAUCUCAUUUACGGGGCAAAAAUACUUCCGCGAUCUCGUUAACGAGGUUGAAUCAUUCCUUGAGCGCAAUCCUUCUGAAACUCUCAUUAUGUCCGUGAAGCGGGAAGGGCCAGGGAACUCUACCGAUGCGCAACUUAGCCGCAUUCUCCGGGACCACUAUGCGCGAGAUGGGAGCCGGUGGUACACCGAACCCAAAGUCCCUACCCUUGGCAAAUCUAGGGGUAAGAUCGUGUUGAUCCGGCGGUUUGCUUUAGAAGAUCGGUUGAAGAAAGAAUGGAGAGGACGGGGCUGGGGUAUCGAUGCGGAAGGCUGGGCUGAUAAUACCCCAUUUGCGACAUGCCCAAGCGGAGACAUUUGCAUCCAGGACUUCUACGAGGUACUCGAGAAAGAAAAGAUCCAGCAGAAAAUAGAGUAUAUCAAUGCUCAUUUUGGGAGGGCGGCGGAGCUGUGUUAUCCGUGUGGCGUCAUUAAGAAGGAAGGAGAAGAUAAUAGCGACCGUGGUGAUCUCAAGCUUCCCUUUUAUAUAAAUUUCCUUAGCGCGAGCAACUUUUGGAAAGUAACGACUUGGCCGGAAAAGAUUGCGGCCAAAGUGAAUCCAGCUGCAGUGGAUUAUUUGUGCCGCAAGCAUCAAGGGGAGAAGGGGGAUUGGUCUACGGGGAUUCUGGUGUGCGAUUGGGUUGGAUUAGGCGGUGACUGGGAUCUAGUGAGAUGUGUCGUUGGAAUGAACGCAAGGCUCAUGAUGAGACAGAAAUAAAUUCGGCCAAACAACCACUUGGAGGGUUGUUGCUCCAUAUUUGGCAAAAUAACCAAUUAUAGGAACAGUGCCAGCAUACUGACCGAGGUUUUGAACCGGUUUGGAUAAAAUAUAUGAUACAUAAUGUACAGUAGAUAUAGAGGAAAAAGGUCAGCAUGUAUCAGAAGAACCAAACCAAAAUAAAAACCAGAAACGACCACAAGCUAUAUCUAGAAGUAGAACAAUGAAAAAAAAUGGAACAACAAACAAAAGUAUAUAGUCAUCGUCUAUUCCUUUAAAGCAUCCGUUUGCCCCUCACUCUCGCUCUUAACGUCACUCUCAGGUCCCUUCUGCUCCUCUUCCAAGACGCUCCUCCGGCUCUCAAGAGUAAGAUACAGACUCUUACCGGCCGCAUCCAACGUCGUAGUAAUGCUUGCUCCUGCGCCUUGCAAGAGCGACACAAGUUGAGAUCUCAACCCAGUCAUGCCACCCUCAAUUCCACCAACCCAUCUCGUCUGGUCUUGGUCGAACACCUUGCCCUCCACCCUCG